AGGAAACCCAGAGCUUGGGCCCAGGCGGAGAGGGGCGGGAAGCGCAGCAGGGUACCUGGAAGAAGCCAGACACUCACCUCCUCAUGCUGCUGACACAGCCAGGAUGGCUUUGACACCAGGGUCACCUCCAGGAAUUGGACCUUACUAUGAGAACCAUGGGUAUCAGUCUGAACAUUUCUACCCGCCAAGGCCACCUGUGGCUCCCAAUGGCCACAACCUGUAUCCAGUCCAGUACUACCCAUCUCCAGUGCCCCAGUACGCCCCGAGGGUUACAACACAGGUCUCAACACCUGUCAUCCAUACACAGCGCAGGUCCUCAGGGACACCGUGCACCUCAAACUCAAAAACCAAGAAGUCGCUGUGUGUUGCCCUUGCCCUGGGCACUGUCCUUAUGGGUGCUGCUGUAGCUGUUGUCUUGCUUUGGAGGUUCUUGCCAGAGGAUAGCAAGUGCUCUACAGCUGAGAAGGAGUGUGGGUCUUCGGGUACCUGCAUCAGCUCUUCUCUCUGGUGCGACGGGAUCUCACACUGCCCCAAUGAGGAAGAUGAGAACCGGUGUGGUGAGUUUGUUCGCCUCUAUGGACCCAGCUUCACCCUCCAGGUUUACUCAUCUCAGAGGAAAGCCUGGUAUCCCGUGUGUCAGGAUGACUGGAAUGAGAGCUAUGGGAGAGCAGCCUGUAAAGAAAUGGGCUACAAGAACAAUUUUUAUCGUAGUGAAGGAAUACAAGACAUGGGCGGGACAAGAAGCUUUAUGAAGCUGAACAUAAGCGCGGGCAACAUCGACCUUUAUAAAAAGCUCUACUACAGUGAUUCCUGUUCAUCCCGCAUGGUGGUUUCUUUGCAAUGUAUACAGUGUGGGAUCCGCUCAGUGAGUCGCCAGAGCAGGAUUGUGGGUGGAUCGAAUGCCUCACCAGGAGACUGGCCCUGGCAGGUCAGCCUGCACGUCCAAGACACCCAUGUCUGUGGGGGCUCCAUCAUCACCCCUGACUGGAUUGUGACAGCCGCUCACUGUGUGGAAGAACCCCUCAACAAACCGAGGUACUGGACAGCUUUCGCGGGGAUUUUGAAUCAGUAUAACAUGUACUACGAAAAAAGACACCAAGUAGCAAAAGUGAUUUCCCAUCCAAGUUACGACUCCAAGACCAAAAAUAACGACAUCGCUCUCAUGAAACUUCAGACGCCUCUGACUUUUAAUGAUGUAGUGAAGCCAGUGUGUCUACCGAACCCAGGCAUGAUGCUGGAUCCAGCCCAGGCGUGCUGGAUUUCAGGGUGGGGGGCCAUCUAUGAGAAAGGGAAGACCUCAGACGUGCUGAAUGCUGCCAAGGUAUUCCUGAUCGAGUCCUCCAAAUGUAAUAAUAAAUACAUAUACAACAACCUUAUCACACCAGCCAUGAUCUGUGCCGGCUUCCUGAAUGGCACUGUGGACUCUUGCCAGGGAGACAGUGGAGGGCCGCUGGUUACUUUGAAGAAUGACAUCUGGUGGCUGAUUGGGGACACGAGUUGGGGCUCUGGCUGUGCCAAGGAGUUAAGACCUGGAGUAUACGGGAAUGUGACAGUAUUUACAGACUGGAUCUACCAGCAAAUGAAGGCGAACAGCUAAUCCACCCACGUGGCCUUUGUCCCUGACUUCUUUUGUCUUCGAUACCCUUCCGCAAGAAAAUCCAGGGGCUGAUUUUUAACUCCUGUGUACAAUGUACCUUUUGAGAUGAUUCAAAGGGCCUUUCACUUUAUUAAACAGUGACUUGUC